UUCUUCUCACAGUCACCACCAACGUCGCAUCGCCCACAAUGGACAUUCACUCACCAUAUUUUUAGUCCCCCCUCACCAUCCUCAUACAAUACUUUCUUCGUUUCCAUUAUCUUCCGGCACUACUACUAUUGUCAUGUUCUACUUGAUUACCAUUACCAUAUAUAAGAAGGCCAAAAGGAUAAAAGGGCAGGGGAAAAAAAAUUAAAAAAAAAAAAGAUGCAUUCAUUCACUUCUUAUAGCCCCAUCACUGCCCUGCCCUUCCCUGUCAUAAUUAAUUAUUAUCUAUUCUAUUCUGCUUCUUCAGGAGUCUGGGUCCGCAGAAGAUUUUAGCCAAUGCCAGAGUUUACAAAAAAUCGUGGGUAAACUCUCCGUAGCUUUCAGAAAGACUAGUGGAAGCCCAACUAUCCAAGCGUGCUCUUUCUCAAUCUCCCAAGUAUUCUCAUAAUUGAAAAAUGGCAAAGUGUCGUCCAUAGCUGAGGCGAAGUGGCUUAUUCUCCUUUCAUGUGAAGCGUAUUCCUUCCACCGGUGAUGGGUAGGGGGUUUUGCGUCUCAUUUGAGAAGGAAGGCAUUUAGUUUCAUCAAUUGAUGUCAUCAUGAAUUUGGUUUGGCUUGUGUCUCUGUCCGUUCUCUUUGUUGGAGCAUUCUCAGAAGCAAUUUCAAAACCUGGCGUGGUGAACAUUGGAGCUAUUUUCACGGUUGGAACUAUUAAUGGCAGAGUUGCAAAGAUUGCCAUGGAAGCUGCUGUAGAUGAUGUCAAUUCUGAUCCCAAUGUUCUCGGCGGCCGGAAACUGGUUCUCUCUUUGCACGACUCAAACUUUAGUGGAUUUCUCGGCAUUGUUGGGGCAUUACAGUACAUGGAGACUGAUACUGUAGCUAUUAUUGGUCCCCAACAUUCUGGCAUGGCUCAUGUACUCUCGCAUCUCGCAAAUGAACUCCAUGUCCCAUUUUUGUCAUUCACGGCAUUGGACCCCACUCUCUCACCUCUGCAAUACCCUUACUUUGUUCAAACAGCGCCCAAUGAUUUGUUCCAGAUGACUGCCAUUGCAGAGAUGGUCAGUUAUUAUGGUUAUAUGGAGGUGACUGCAGUUUUCUCAGAUGAUGAUCAGAGUCGAAAUGGCAUAACCACACUAGGAGAUAAACUUGCAGAGAGACGCUGUAAAAUUUCUUUCAAAUCCGCAGUCCCGCCUGACCCAUUGGCCACUCGGGAACAGGUUAUGGAUGAAUUAGUUAAGGUUAGAAUGAUGGAAUCUCGAGUAAUUGUGCUACACACUUACUCCAAAACAGGUCUUUUGGUUUUUGAUGUGGCCCAGGAACUUGGGAUGAUGGAAAGUGGAUAUGUCUGGAUUACUUCCACUUGGCUAUCUAAUGUUUUAGAUUCUACUCCAGUUUCUCCAAAUACUUCAAGCUCUAUCCAAGGAGUUUUGACUCUUCGCCCCCAUACACCCAAUUCGGAGAUGAAAAGAGUUUUCACAUCGCGCUGGAACAAGUUGAGUAAUGGCUCUAUUGGAUUGAAUCCUUAUGGUCUAUAUGCUUAUGAUACUGUAUGGAUGAUUGCUAAUGCAAUCAAACUGUUUUUCGAUCGUGGUGGUACCAUCUCAUUCUCCAAUAAUUCUAAUUUAAAUGGUCUUGGUGGAGGUGCUUUGAACCUUAGUGCAUUGAGCACUUUUGAUGGUGGGAAGCAGUUGCUUAGCAACAUACUGGCGACCAAUAUGACAGGACUAACUGGCCCUAGUGGAUUUAAUCCAGACAGAUCAGUGAUACAUCCUUCUUAUGAUAUCAUCAAUGUGAUUGGAACUGGGUUUCGGGAGAUAGGAUACUGGUCUAACUAUUCUGGGCUAUCUGUUGUGCCCCCAGAGACUCUCUAUGGCAAACCACCCAACCGUUCAAGUUCAAACCAGCAAUUAUUUAGUGUGUUAUGGCCUGGAGGAACAGAAAUUCAGCCUCGUGGGUGGGUGUUCCCGAACAAUGGAAGGCAGUUAAGAAUUGGAGUUCCAAAAAGAGUUAGUUAUCAAGAGUUUGUUUCACAAGUCGAAGGUACUGAUAUGGUCCAAGGAUAUUGCAUAGAUGUGUUUCUUGCUGCAAUAAAGUUGCUUCCUUAUGCAGUUCCUUAUAAGUUCAUUCUUUUUGGAGAUGGUCACAAGAAUCCCAACUACGCUGAGCUUGUGAAUAUGAUCACAUCCAAUGUGUUUGAUGCUGCCGUUGGUGACAUUGCUAUUGUUACGAACCGUACAAAGAUUGUGGAUUUUACUCAGCCUUAUGCUGAGUCAGGGCUAGUCAUUGUAGCCCCAGUCAAGAAGUUAAGGUCGAAUGCUUGGGCUUUCUUGCGCCCAUUCACUCCACUAAUGUGGGGAGUCACGGCAGCUUUUUUCCUGACAGUGGGAGUAGUGGUGUGGAUUCUGGAACAUAGAAUAAAUGAUGAGUUUCGAGGGCCUCCUAAGAAACAAAUUAUCACAAUUUUGUGGUUUAGCUUCUCAACUAUGUUUUUUGCCCACAGAGAAAACACAGUCAGCACGCUCGGUCGUUUGGUUCUAAUUAUCUGGCUCUUUGUGGUUUUGAUAAUUAAUUCAAGCUAUACUGCAAGCCUGACAUCAAUCCUUACGGUGCAACAACUCUCCUCACCUGUCAAAGGAAUUGAUUCGUUGAUAACAAGCAAUGAGCCUAUUGGAUACCAAAUAGGUUCAUUUGCUGAAAACUACUUGAUUGAAGAACUCAAUGUUGCUAAAUCCAGGCUUAUUGCUCUUGGCUCACCAGAAGCAUACCGUACUGCCCUGGAGAAAGGGACUGUUGCAGCUGUGGUUGAUGAGCGUCCAUAUGUUGAAAUCUUCCUUUCAGACUACUGCAGGUUCCAGAUUGUUGGCCAAGAGUUCACAAAGAGUGGGUGGGGAUUUGCAUUUCCAAGAGACUCCCCAUUAGCAAUUGACAUGUCAACUGCCAUUCUAACAUUGUCAGAGAACGGUGAUCUUCAGAAGAUUCAUGACAAGUGGCUGAACAAAAGAGGUUGUGGUUCACAAAGUUCUCAGAAUCAAUCGGACCAACUCCAGUUACAGAGUUUUUGGGGGUUAUUCCUCAUCUGUGGAAUUGCUUGCCUCCUUGCUCUCAUUAUUUAUCUGUGCUUAAUGUUACGUCAGUUCAGCCAACAUUACACUGACUCAUCGGAACCUUCUAGGCAUGGCAGUUCACGUUCCGCACGCCUCCAAAAAUUCUUAUCAUUUGCGGAUGAGAGGGAAGAGAUAUGGAAAAGUGAGUCCAAGAGAAAACGCAUGGAAAUGCUAUCAAGAGCUAAUGAAAGAGAACUUGAAUCAAUGGAUGGAUCCAAGAGAGUUGCAGACAUUUGCCAUGAGAAGUAUAAUGUGGAUACCUAGCUUCAUUAAACAUGUAGUCAGUUGUAGUUAUAUCUCACAUAUUUGACAGUCACUCUUAACUAGAAAAGGGCUAUGUGCCAAAGGAAAAUGCCAAAAGGAAAGGAAAGAAAAUGAGAUAUAGUCUAUAGGGGAAUUAUCAUUAUCUAUAAUAUAAAACAGAGCAUGUUUUAAUAAUUCUAUCCAAUAGUUUUAAAUAAAUUUAUUCGACGGCUAUCAAUAAUUUUUUUUAAAAUUA